GUGUCAGUCGUACCAAUUAUUUCAGGUGUUGACAUUUUACGUGUUGUCUCGUUUCAAAAGUGGUAAAGGGCUUGUACAAAGUUAAAUACAGUUGAUAAAUGUUUUAAAACUGUGUGAAAUGGAUUAAUAAACGUAAUUAUUACAAGGAAACCUCUAAACCGACAACUCAUCAUCAUUUACUAUGCGAUUUAAUAAACAAGAACUAAUCACAUUGGCCACACAACCAUCCACCAAAUUCGAAAAAGAGGGAAUUUUGUACAUACGUGAGAGACAAGACGGAUUUUUUCGAAAAGCUGAAAGUAAAAGGAAAUAUCAAAAACGUGAAAAGAGACUUCGCAAUCUGAGCUGUGUAGGGGGAGUAAGCAAAGUCAGUUUAGAAAGAUGGUGUAGAUUACGAGGCAACUUGCUGUUUUAUUUUAAAAGUAAAGAUCCAUGGUCGGAACCACUUGGUGUUGUGGUUUUGGAACAAUGUCAAGUACGAAUCGACCCACCUAUGGCUUCGCCACCCAUGACAGCCGAUGGUCAAUACCCAUUUUAUUUAGUCUUUGAUGGGGGUUUGUGUCAAGCAUUGGCUUCUGUCUCGGAUACAGAACGUUCAAGUUGGAUGGAUGCCAUAAAAUCAUCAAGUUAUGAAGGUAUAAGGGCUGAGUUAAAUGCUCUGAGACAGUGUUUAGAACGGAGACGAACGCACAAACCGAGUGUUGAUCUGCAGACGUGGAGGAUGCAAAAGGCACAUGUUAUAGAUAUUUCCGAGGUCCCUAUCUGUGAGAUUUCUCUAGCCUGUGACAAUCUAUUAUGUGACGGCCACGGUUGUCCUCCAAACCCAACACUAGUCGUUGAUGUUCACAUGCAUUCAGCUAAAUUGUGGGUUCAAUACGGACGCACUGAAAUCAUCGAGAGGAGUAGUAAUCCGGGUUUUUUAACAACAGUCAGUUUUAGAGCGAGUGAUGGCUUGACUAGUGAUUCUCGUAUUAGAUUUACUGUUUUUGAUGUUAGAGAAAGAGUUUCACACACUGCUAUUCCACUCGGAUCGGCUUGUGUUUUUCUAAGUGCGAUACAAGAUUCGUCUCGAUUGCGUAUUCCGUUGAUCUCCAGAACUCAGACAACUGUUGGGUUUCUUUCAAUUAGUGCUUGGUCGCUUGAAGCUGAAGAUAAAGGCAGUAGCACUGAGCAUACGCCAUGUAGGGCACCCUUACAUAGCAAUACACAGGUUUGGUCCCACAGACGGUCACAAUCACUUCCUCCCAAAUUAGGCGUCAAAAUGCGUCUUCCGAACCAAUCUGAACUAAAACUACUUUACUCUUCCCCCUACAUACAAACCUACAGAUUUCACUCCGGCCUUGGGGGCGACAUUUGUGUACACGAAUACAUGGCAGAGAGCCGAAUUUGUUUUUCAUUCCCUCAUCAAUUAUUAGGUGUGUGGAUACAGCAAGAGAAGGAACUUCUGCAAGAAGUCGCAGCCAUGGGUGAAUUACGCGAGCCUUGGCAUUCCCGUCAAGUGGAAUUACUUGACAGACAUUUGCAUUUAUUACGUUUGUACUCACAAGCUCGCGAGAAUUUACAGGCGCAUAAAGGCAGUUUUUUUAAACCGAGUUCGAGAAAAUUGGAUCGGAGUUUGGAAUUUGCACCGGUUAAUUUACAUUUACAACGAAUGUGGGUGCACAAUGAUACUCUGAAUAAGGCGGGGUUUUAUGAUUGGAUCACGGUUGGUGCGUUUACGGCUCAUUCGCAUAAAUCGAAAAACGGGGGCUUGAUCAAGUUGGUUCAACAGUUGAAGGAAUCACCAACGAGGUCCACUUCCAAUUAUCAAAUCACGACGAAAAUUUCCAUUUCCAACGAUGCAAUACAGGCAAUAAAACAACUCCGAAAAGAAGUAGUCGACGGAAUGAAAGUAUUAAUGAAACUCGCCAAAGAGAAACAAACCAGUGGUAUGUUACCAAUCUGUGAAGACAUGAUAAGCAAAACCCGAAUUCUGCUGAGCCUUUGGGAUACAGGACUGGUUGAAGAAGCUUUAAAUUUCAUCGAAGAAAACAAAUUAGUUGUAACAGACGACUCAGGCGUUGGUAAAGACUUCAGUUUAGACAGCAAUGGAAAACCAGUCCUAAUGCUCUCACCCUUCAAGCGAAUAACACAACAAUUAUCAUCCCUUAAUUUAAAAAGCCCCGACUUUGACGACUUCGCCACACCUUCCACACCUGAAGACAUCAACGAAAUUUGGAAAGUUUCCGAAACCAACCGAGAAAAUAAUUUAUUAAACACGAGCGAAGGGGUUAAAAGUUUGUGCUCGUUCGUGCACAGUCCAAGUGACGGCGAUUUCGUGAUUUUCCCCGAUUGCGAAGAGGGAAAAACCGACACUUCUCUGGAGGAAAUGAACGUUUCAAGCGAGAACGACUCGAAGUUGCUCGAAUCUGAUACUAGUCGAAUUUUUCUGGACACGAACGUUAUGUGUAGUUCCCCCUCAGCCAACUACUACAAACCGACCGAUGAGCCGGAGCCUUGGGACAUCACCCAGCUGAAUAUCGAAGCGAGCGUCAUGUGUUUAGUCAGUAAGGUUAAGUUUUUGUGUGGCCGUUGUGGCAGUCCGGCUGUGCGUUUGCGUCAGAACUGGAAAGCUCUGCCGAAGAGUGUGAUUACGAAUCAGCCGAUUUCCAACAACGUUAAGAAGAUCGAAGAGGCGGAGAAUGUGUCGAAGGCGGUGAAUUGUGUGACGCGUGUUGUUAAGAAUGGGAAUAAGUUUACGGAUGGUUUGGAUUUGAAUAAGAUUGUUGAUUGGGCGGCUGAGUUGAGGCCCAGUAUGAGGAAGUUGAGGCAUGCCAUGGAUGGGCUUUUGAAGACGGCACGGCUCACGCAUUCGGUGUUUCGGGUGCAGGAGGAUCCCAAAGCCGCACAGAGGGUGUGUAAUGUGAGGUAUAGGAGGGAUGUUUGCUUUUCGCAAUCGUUGACGGCCCUUGUAACCGGCUUAAUGACCCGCCUCUGGUGCCACAAACCCGACCCCGCAUUUGUAACAAUCUUAAGCACCUUAGGCCCUUUAGCCUGCUUCGAGAGCCUACUUAGUUACCACGGCAAUGAAGUCGACAUGUGGGGCGACAUGUCUGUAGCAAUCGAAGAUCUUCGAACUGUCAUGUUCACACUAGUCCGUUGUCCAAGUCCCUCACUUGAACCCCAACCAACUCCUAAAGUAACAGGAAGUCGAAACUCCCUCACAGUCUCACUUCCAGUACCUGAUGCUUUAUACAGUCUGAUACCAAGUCGGCAAGUGCUUUCGUUCCACGUUACUCCGGUAUUUUUCAAUAUCGGAAUUAACGAAAUGGCAACGUUGGCCGAAAGUUUGGGAGCCACAAGGGCACAGGAGGCUUCAAAUAUUGAUAAUUUUGAUCGAAUCAACGAGUAUUAUAUUAGAUACCGGAAAUUGAAUAUUCCGGAAACGGGUGAUAUGACAAAUGGAAGGGUUUCGUGUUCGCCACAAAUGAAAUCUUUGUCCGAAUUGAUGGACGAUUUGAAGUCGUUGGUUCAUAGUGGGAAGUCCAAAAAUGUGGACAUUCUACAUGUGGCGUCGCAGAUUUGUCGACAAAUGAAAGGGCUCCGUUUCACGAGCUGUAAGAGUGCCAAGGACCGAACGGGUAUGUCUGUGACACUGGAACAGUGUCGCAUUUUGGCGGAUGAGUACCAUUUGGCCGAACACGAGUUUCAUAAAGCGCUGGAUUGUAUGCGGAGUGAGGGAUGCAGAAGAGAGAACACUUUGAAGAACACGAACGUGAAAAAAUAUGCAUUCAAUUCAUUACAGUUAUUAGCGUUGCCAAAAUUGUAUCGACCGCCAGCUGGGACCUAUGGUUCAGCACAGACAUAACUUAUGUGUUAUUUUAUUUACAGUGCCAAUAUUGUUACAAAUUGUUGAAUUAUUAAUGAUUUACUUAAUAAGUUAUUUGAAUUUAAUAUAUUUUCACUUUGCUUCUCAA